AUGGACCCUUCCCUCGCACCGACCGAGGGCGGGGCGUCGCCGCCGCCGGUGGAGGUCCCUCCGCCCGCGCCGACGUCCGAAGAGACGCGCUACCGCGGCAAGGUGGCGCGCUGGACCGCCGACCGCGGCUUUGGCUUCAUCGAGCCGGACGACGGCGGCGAGGACCUCUUCUGCCACUUCUCCAACAUCCUUGACGGCAACGCCCUUGAGGCGGGCAGCCAGGUGUACGACGAGCGGCGCGGCAAGGAGCGGGCCGAGCAGGUGACGGGCGGCUGCCAGGUGGAGACAAGCCGAGAGUAG